GAUAGGAUGCAAUUUUCUGUUGUUUGCCAAAAUUCUAAAUUGGAGGAAAUUUGCUGAAAAAAGUGUACUUUUGUGUUGAUUGAAUUGGUUGAAAUUGGUGCCACAAUUGUGCUGUUCGGUUCUAGUUCGCGGAAAAAGCCAAUCGGUUGCCUGUUUUGAGAUGGAAGCUAAGAAUUGGUGUCUCUCUUUUCAGAUUGGACCAACCCAGACACGCCAUGAUGCACUUCCGUCUACAUUCAACAUGGAUGCACCCAUUUUUCCUAUAACUUUUUUUUUAAAUUUUCUCUAAUUUCAGCGAUUCGAAGAAACGCAGUUUUGGCGAAUAUUUUAUCUAUAUCUAAGUGACUCAGAUGCAAGCCUUUAUAUAUUUUAAUCGUUAGGCACUUAUUUUAGAUGAUUUUUCAUUUACUAACAUGAUCUUUCUCCCCCACCCUCCAGAAGACAUCGCUCCAAAAUCGGUGGUUCACCCUCUGUUUGGCGGAGGUGCCUGCCGUUGGCCUGGCUGUGAGCGGAUUUUCGACGAUUUUGACGAAUUCUACAAUCACCUUCAGUCGGAUCAUAUCAACGGAGACUACUCGGCCGCGCAGGCUCGCAUCCAGAUGGAGGUAGUCUGCCAGUUGCACUUGCAGCUGCAGAAGGAACGCGAUCGAUUGCAGGCGAUGAUCCUUCAUCUGAACAAGAAGAACGAGAUGGCAGCACGGAUUCCGAUGGCCGGUGCCAAUCCGUACGUACCGCAGAUUCCACCGCCACCGCCACCGUACGAUUUGAUCGCAGGGCUGCGUUUUCCUCCGGCUGGGCCAGCCGAUGGAGCGAUGGUUGAAGCGGCGCUGCAGCUGACUAGCAAGCAACAGCAAGCCUUGCAUCACCAUCAGCAACAGCAGCACCACCAUCAACAACAACAACAACAACAACAACAUCAGCAGGCUGGCCGAGCGUCGAAGGGAUCGAUCCGGGCCAAGUACUUUCCACCAUCGCAGGACGCCGAUGCCGGUGGUUUCAAGGAGGUCCACUUCCCCGAUGUGCAGGAUGCCCGAUUUGCGUUUGCAGAUGUUCAGAAGAAUCGGGAAUUCUACCGCAGCCACGACGUGCGUCCACCGUUUACUUAUGCAUCGUUGAUUAGACAGUCAAUAAUUGAAUCGCCGGAGAAACAGUUGACUCUGAACGAAAUUUACAACUGGUUCCAGAAUACAUUUUGCUACUUCCGACGAAAUGCAGCGACAUGGAAGGUAAGGAAGAACGCAAUCCGGACGAACCUGUCGCUGCACAAGUGCUUCGUCCGGUACGAGGACGACUUCGGUUCGUUCUGGAUGGUGGACGACAACGAAUUCCUGAAGCGGCGCCACCUGUCUCGGGGGAGGCCUCGCAAAUACGACAUCGCGAUGCCGCUGGACACGCCGGUGGACGGACUCAACGAUGGUCAACCCGUUCGGUCGGGCUCGUCGGCGCAUUCGAACGCCGCUCCCGGUGGAGGACUUCAAGCCGGACCGGGAGACAUUUCACCGCUACUGGGAGCAACGCACUGCUAUGACGACGGCAGCGGUGGUCUACUGCGAUCACCGAAGAAAGAGUUUCCCCGACGGUAAUUUAUGUUUGACAGAUGAUUGUUUAAUGAGCCAUGUAGAAUAGCUUUGCAGAGUACGUUUGAGGGGGGGUGGAGCGAACAAUGGUUAUAUUUCAUUUUGAGGCGUCGAUGGUGCACAAUGUUUUGGGAUAUUUCCAAUUUCGCUUUCUAAACGAUUAAUAAUUAAAUUAUCCUUUCACAGUCUAGGAAUCCACCGACUGGCCUGGUCUGGAUCGUUCAGCUGCCUAGGUUCCGUUUUUCUAUUUCCUUAC